AUGGCAUCGCACCCCAUGCAACGAUGCUGCGUCGUCGGCGUAAAACACGAGGGGAAACCUCAAGGAGUGAUCAAGCAAAUCGAUAAUAUCCGCACAUAUUUCGCCUACCCAGGGGAUAAAGAUCCAGAACAAGCGAUAGUUCUCAUGACCGACGUCCUCGGCAUGGACUUCCCCAACACCCAGCUCAUCGCCGACCAAUUCGCACAAAACGGCUAUCUAACACUCAUACCCGACGUUUUCAACGACCAUCAAGUGUCCUUUCCCAUCGAUCCGUCUUUUGACCUGCAAGAGUAUGUUGACACCACGAUGCCAAAACCGGAAACUGUUGAUCCGAUGUAUGAGCGCGUAAUCGAAUAUUUGAGGAAUGAGUUGAGAAUCAAGAGGUUAGGAGGCGUGGGAUAUUGCUUUGGGGGCAAAUAUGUGUGUAGAUGGUUGAAGGAAGGGGGCCUAGACGCAGGUUUUAUAGCUCAUCCGAGUUUCGUCACUUCAGACGAGAUCCGCAACAUCAAAGGACCGCUAAGCAUCGCUGCUGCAGAAACCGAUGACAUCUUCCCCGCUUCAAAACGCCGCGAGACAGAAGACAUUCUCAAAGAACAUACCGUCCCAUACCAGCUGUUUCUCUACUCGGAUGUCGAGCACGGAUUUGCGACAAAGGGCGAUUUGUCGCAUGAAAAGGCGAGAUUUGCAAAAGAACAAGCGUUUCUGCAGGCGGUGUACUGGUUAGGCGAGUACGUAAAGAAGAGGCCAGGAGUGUAA